AUGGCCGAGAGGCGCAAUUCCCUCCAGCCGGAGCCGGCAGCUCCCCGGAACAAUAAGCGACGCCGAACCAUGAUGGAUUCGGUCAGUGAUGUCGCUCGAUGGCUCCUGCCGUCAUGGGCGAGCGAAGGAAACUCGGAAACAUCUCCGGAUUCUCACCAGCAGACAACUUCUGGCCGUCACUCGACCGCGGCAUCCGGUUUGAGCAACGGAGAGCGUAAUCCUAAGCGGGCUCGUCCGAAUGAAAUCACACGUCGAGAACCCAUGGCUCCGGCAGCUGCAGAAGUAUCUUUGGCUGUGGAGACGAAGAACAAUCAGAGAAGAAAUCGACCUCUACAGAAUACCAAAGAGUCGAAAACCCGCGACGUUAGCAUAAGCGUAGACCAGACUUCCAUUGCAGCAGAGACCUCUGUGACGGCGUCGCCGUCCCUGAACUUCUCGCUGUUUUCGAGGCCAUCCCGAGCUCUGUCGUCGACUUUGAACGCGAGUCUGCCGCUCACGGGUACGCAGAAUGCUUCUACGUCGAGGAGCUUGUCGUCAUCGUUGCAUCGGCCCGAACGAAGCUUGAACAGAAGUAUUUUCUACGACGGAAAAACGACAUACGGAGGCGCAGCCGCUCAUAGGAAGCUCAACCUCUUCUCGCCAAGCCCCUAUCAGAUGGCUGCGAAAAGAAGUAAACCUGCCGCCAACGUGAACGUGCCUGAUUGUAGUUCUGCCGCGAAACGUCUCAUCGAAGCUUUAGAGCGAAUGAAUACACCCAUACAGAAUGCCAAGAAGAUCCCUCUGGGCCGUCCGGACAACUCAUCGUUUUCGAGAAACGAAGCUCAUCGUCAGGGGCUUCUCGAAUCGAUCGCGUCCCUGCGGCAAAGUUCGGCGCCUCCGCCGCUCAGUUCGUGUCGGUCCAGCGUGCAACCCGCCCGCAUUGGGAGCAACGUGAAGCCCGUGCUCUCAUCGACGCCAGAGUACCCGAUCGAUAUCGACGAGGGAGACGCUGCGUCUCCUUCACACGCUUCGAACGUUCCUGUCAUAACUCCGACCCCUCGCCCAAUGAACGCUCUUUUGGACCACUACGGCGACUCGGACAGAGCGAGCGCGGCCGGCGGAAAAAUGAAAUCCGCUAAAACUAUCCAGCAGCAUUUAAGUCGGAAAAUUCCCGUCGAGGAAGAACCCCCGGUGGCGGCACCGGAUCUGCCGUCGGCGCCGUUGCCGAUCAAAGAUCUUCCGAGUUUCUCGUUCGCCCCAAAGCCCCCGACGAUUGCGACGAUCGCCGUCGCGGCAUCGACUCCAGAUUGUGGCAAGAGCUCAUCGAUUCGCUCACCGUUGACUUCCCUAGCUGACUUCAGCAAUAAACCUUUCGAAAAACAGCAGAUGUCCUCGUCGCUAGUAUGUUCGGCGAACGACGUGUCGGAAGCUUUCACAUUCGCCGCCCCGGUCGACCUGGAUAAGCCGACUAAAACCCUGCUCUGCAAAGAGCAGUUCGACUUCAAGGAUCCGCUGUACCUCAAAAGAGAUACCGUGAGUCGACCCGGAGUCUUCGCCGCAGCGGGACAGUCGAUGGUAAGCGGCGGAGCCUUCAGUCUCAAGACGAAAACGCCCGAGCCCGCAAGAGUGGCCGUUCCGGACGUCCUGAGCCCCGGUAGCGUAAUGGAUGUUAUCGGAACAAGUGACAAGCGCAAAGACGCCCCCGAAACGAGCCUCUCGACGGACGGUCCUGGCGCCAGUAUGUUCGAGCGGGGAGCGGAAACGCAGAAGUCCGAGACCACGAAACCUCCGACGUCCGUCGCGGCUUCGACGUCGUCUCCGGUCACCAACAGUUGGGGUGACCAGUUCAAGAAGCCUGCGUCGAGUUGGGACUGCUCAACCUGUUGUGUGAAUAACCAGGCGGAUAGCUCAAGUUGUGUAGCUUGCGGAACUGCGAAACCCUCGACAGCACCCUCCAGCAAAACUGCCGAAAAACCUUUAGGAACGACCGUCGCUAAUCAAUGGGGAGACCUUUUCAAGAAACCCGCAGGCCAGUGGUCAUGCGGCACUUGUAUGGUAUCGAACAAGGCCGAGGCCUCGAAAUGCGUGGCGUGCGAGAGUCCGAACCCCGAUUCGAAAGCAGCGCCAUCGGCCGCGUCGACUAGUUCUUUUCCCGUAUCAACUGUGAAAUCACCUCUUAGCGCCAUGAUUAAAAUGUCACCGGGAUGGAGUUGUGAUACUUGCCUGGUCCGAAACGACUUGGACAAGAGCAAAUGUGUUGCCUGUGAAACCCCAAAACCCGGAUCUGAGGCAGCGAAGACGACGGCGGCGGCGGCUGCUGGACCUGUCGGCUUCGCGUCCGGCACGCCUUCGGCGAUAAGUUCUGCAUUCAAGUUCGGAGUUCCUGAGUCUGAUGAGAACAAAAACAUCACGAGCGAGCCCGUGACACUCGUGUUCGGAAUGAAGGGCACAGACGACGGAAGCGGAAGCGGCGGUAAUCCUGUUCCUAAUGGUUUCAAGUUCGGCGUCAGCUCCCCGAAAAGCGGCGAAGCUGAGAGGAAGAGUCCGUUCGAGCAAGCCAACAAUGCGUCUAAAGCCUCGAGUAGCACGGGUUUCUCUUUCGGGACGCCAGUGCUCGCGGUUCCGCCUGUGACGUCGACGCUAUCUGCGACUCCAGCUCCUGUAGCUCCGGCGGCGUCGACCGCGAGUAUCGAUACGAACGCAACGCCCGCCACGACCACCUCGUCGGGUUUCUCCGGCUUCGGUGCCGCUUGGUCCGCUAGCUCGACGACCAAAACCGAACCCGCGACGACAGGAUUGUUCUCUUUCGGAGCGUCUCUGACCCCGUCCUCGUCGGGCAACGCUCCAGCCGCGGCGAGCGCCACAGUUUCGAAAGGUUUCACCUUCGGAACCGCGAGUACAUCAGCCUCCGAUGUUCCUGCCGCACAACCGUCGACAGCUACGUUCAACUUCGCGGCGGCGACCGCGGGCUCGAGCGCUACCGCUACGACAAGUGCCACGACGUCGACAUUCACCUUCGGGGGAUUCUCCACGACGGCCAAGAGCCCGGCGGCCAGCGGUGGUCUCUUCGGUUCGAGCACUGCGACGCCCGUGUUCGGGGCUAGCACCACCGUGACGACAGCAGCUUCGACCCAGCCCGCUGCAUCCUCAGGUUUUUCGUUCACGAGCCCUGCCCCGACCGGCCCCGCCUCGACGCCAGCGGUGACCGCGACCUCUACCGUCCCAUCGACAUCCAACACGAUGUUCACUUUCGGCAAUCCAGCAUCCUCGGCCGCAACCAAGGCAGAACCUCAAAAUUCUGGAUCAGCAUUUGUUUUCGGCACCGCUCCUCGCCUAUCGGGCUUCAGUUUCGGCGCCGCGACACCCCCGACGACCACGAGUGCCAGCAUAGCACCAACGUUCACAUUCGGAAAUGUUCCAGCCUCGACAGCUGCCCUGCCGACUGCCUCGAACGGACCGAGCGUUUUCGGAAGCGGUUCGCUCCUGACUUCGACCCCGGCGUUCGGCGCUGCGAACUCGACAACUGCACCAGCCACGACCAAUGCUUUCCAGUUCAAGCCCAAUGCGAGCCCGGCCGCGCCAGCUCCAUCGACCCCAUUCGCAUUCAACGCAGGUGGAACACCUAGAGCCGCGACGCCGUCCCCCGGGCCGUUGUUCACCUUCGGUGCUCCCAACGCCGGAAUGACAAACUCUCCGGCCCCAUCGACCUCCGCCAAUCCGGUCCCCGGCGCAGCACCAUUCCAGUUUGGGGCGGCUGCUCCUGCGGCAGUUCCUGCCCCAGGUGCGACUCCCGCGCCCGGCGAGCUCAGCUUCAGUUUCGGCCAAGCGACGACGCCUGCGUCAUCGUUCCAAUUCGGAGCCCAACCCGCCGGACAAACUCAAGCUCCCUUCCAGUUCGGUGGUGCCGCGCCCAGCGUCGGUCAAGGCAUGAAUUUCCCUGCUCCGAACGCCGAGAAUCCUUUCAAUGCUGUGACGCAAGGCAGGAAGAUGCGUCGUGCCGUGAGGAGACGAGGCCCCAGGUAG